CUUUGCUGUCAGAGGGACUCUGAUGAGCGUACACAAAUCUUUUCUCCUUUUCCUCUUCUUGGUCUGCUCAUCAGUCCGCUCCGCCAAGUACUUCAUCUAUUCCUCUGUCACAUCAACAACAGAGCCGGUGAAUUGGAUGAUUGUUUUGAAGCGGAGUCCAUCCUUCCAUUGGCUAACCAGAGGCCCCAUCAUUCUUCAUCCAUUCCCCACAUCCUGAGAGGCUUCAGAGGGAAUAGGAUUCCAGGUUUACUGGGGAUUUCCAGGUGUUGUGAGAGCAACCCCCACCCCCCACCCCUUACCCAGCAGCUCAUUGCGGACCUCUGGGUGCCGUAUCGCCAUGGCUACCAACAGGGAACGGCAGGUGGGUCACAUGACCGGCUUCCCACCUGCCGUCUACCCAUUCGCCUUCAACUCCAUGAGAAGCCACUCCCCCUUUGACUUGCUGGCCAAUAGCAGCUUGUUUGGGAGAUUCGGCGCUGACCUGCCCAAAGAGAUGGCUGCUCUCUCGGUGGAAACCCAGAGCACCAGCUCAGAGGAAAUGGUGCCCAGUUCUCCCUCCCCACCUCCCCCACCUCGCAUCUACAAGCCCUGUUUUGUGUGCCAGGACAAGUCCUCAGGGUACCACUAUGGGGUGAGCUCCUGCGAGGGCUGCAAGGGUUUCUUCCGCCGCAGUAUCCAGAAGAACAUGGUGUACACCUGCCACCGUGACAAGAACUGCCAGAUCAACAAGGUCACACGCAACCGCUGCCAGUAUUGUAGGCUGCAGAAGUGCUUUGAGGUCGGCAUGUCCAAGGAAGCGGUGCGUAAUGACAGAAACAAGAAGAAGAAGGAUGUAAAAGAGGAGGUGGUGCUUCCGGAGAGCUAUGAGUUAAGUGGAGAGCUGGAGGAGCUGGUCAACAAAGUCAGCAAAGCUCACCAGGAGACCUUCCCUUCCCUUUGCCAACUGGGAAAAUACACCACCAACUCUAGCUCAGACCACCGUGUUCAACUGGACCUGGGUCUUUGGGACAAGUUUAGCGAGCUCUCCACCAAAUGUAUCAUCAAGAUUGUGGAAUUUGCCAAGCGGCUGCCGGGCUUCACCACCCUCACUAUCGCAGACCAGAUCACUCUACUUAAAUCAGCUUGUCUGGAUAUACUGAUGCUGAGGAUCUGCACACGCUACACACCAGAGCAGGACACUAUGACAUUCUCAGACGGCCUCACACUGAACCGAACCCAGAUGCACAAUGCCGGCUUCGGGCCACUCACAGACCUGGUGUUUGCUUUUGCUGGCCAGCUACUCCCCCUAGAGAUGGAUGACACCGAGACUGGCCUCCUUAGCGCCAUCUGCCUCAUUUGUGGAGAUCGUAUGGACCUGGAGGAGCCCCAGAAGGUGGACAAGUUGCAAGAACCUCUGUUGGAGGCCUUGAAGAUCUAUGCCCGUCGCCGGCGUCCCAACAAACCCCACAUGUUCCCACGCAUGCUAAUGAAGAUCACUGACCUCAGGGGCAUCAGCACCAAGGGAGCAGAGAGGGCCAUCACCCUGAAAAUGGAGAUCCCGGGGCCCAUGCCUCCACUGAUCAGGGAGAUGCUGGAGAACCCAGAGGCCUUUGAGGACCAGACAGAGAGCAAUGAGAGCCCGCCUCCGCCCCCACUCCCACCUCCUCCUCCACCAGUCCCGGUCAUGAAACAGGAGGCUGAGGACGAGGACGACAGCUGGGCCACAGAGAACGGCAGUGAGCCCUCACCGGAGGAGGAGGAUGACGAUGAUGACGAUGACGCGGGAGACGACGAGAGAGACAGGGCGUCGGACAGUGAUGGGGAGGCCUGGGGGGUUCUGGAUGCCAUUGAUGGGGCAAGGAAAGGCCACAUGGGGAGGGCGCAGUGAGAACAUCUCAUACAAUCACUGCACGCACAUACGUACACAUGGACACACACACACACACACACACACACACACACACACACACACACACACACACACACACACACACACACACACACACACACACACACGUGCCAUACAACCCCUAUCCACCUCUCCCAACCCUUAAGAAAUGCUGGCCCUCCCUAACCCUAAGUCUCUUCUCUCUCCUUACCGCACAGCAGUGUGCCCUCCAGAAUGGAGCACAGCAGAGCCUUAUCUGUACAGACACUUCUAACACAGGCCACAUGGUCCAUGACAAGUGACAUGCAGAGACACAACAGAGAAGCAGAGAUGACACUCAACCAUAUGAACUUCUGGAAGCUGUGCGAUUAAAAAAAAAAAGAAGAAGAAGGAAAAAAAACAACUUAAUCUCUUUGAGAAAGCUAAAUGUCUUUUUUUAUCAUCUUUGUUUGUAUCUAAAUAGAGGAAUGGCCAAACCAGACACCAGAAACAAACAGUUGAUUCCAGUGGAUUACAAAAAAAAAAGAGAGCACACUUUCACAAGAAAAAAGAAUACAGGGCAAAACCAAACAGAGUAUGCUAUUUGUUUUUUAGUUGCUGUUAUUGCUUUUGGAUAUUGUUUUCAGUUGUUUUCUUUUCUUGAGUUUUUUUUUCAAUUUAUGAAUAAGUCCAUACAUAUCUAUAUACCAUUAUAUUUUUUGUCUUUUAUUUGUUAAUCUGGUUUUAUAUAUGAAUUCUUUAGAUGACGUCUUUGUUUCAACAGCUUUCCUGAGAAGAUAUUCGGAGGGAAAGUCGGGUAAUCAGAAUUGGCUUGGUCUCCUUAACCAGCUACAUAUGUUUAGCUGGGGCUUUUUGGGCACUUUGGCUCACUGUAGAUGUCAAAGAUCAAUCAAUCAAUAAGACAGAGGUGUUACAGUGACUCAAACCAGUUUUUUUUUUUUUUUUUUAUCAGGGAACUGGCAUUCUGUUUUGCACUCGUUGCAACAUACAUAUACUGUCAGUGUGGAGCGUAUCAUCGUGCCAAAGUUAGCAAAAGUAAUCUUUGGAACACAAAUCAACUACUGGCAGGGAUCUCGCUCAUGAUCCAGUGAUCCUCACAGCGGAGGGCUCUCACAUGCAAACAAGCACACAUACACAUAUAUGCACUAAUACAUGUACACACACACACACUACACAAACACAUACACACAAGCAAGCACAUAAUUAUUACGCACACACACACACAUAAAUAUGCAUUUCACUCUACUCUCAGCUGUAACAGAUGUGCCAAACUGGUAUUGAGUGCCUAGACAGAGAUUUUAAACUUGGCCAUACAUGUUGCACUUUUGAGAUCUUAUGUUCAAGCGAGGAAGAUCUUCCCCUCUGAGAGUAGAUUUACUAUCAGCCAAUCAAGCAUAUCAGCAUUAACAUGUGAACCCGCAACAACCUAAACAUACUGAAUUCAAUCAAACUUAAGAGCACUCCCUGAUGAUGUCAACAGCCACAACAACACAUGACCACGCAUUACCGACACAGACAUCCACAGCCUCAUACAGUACCUAUAUAUGCAUAAAAAAAGAGAUCAAAAACAUAUGCAAGUCGAAAGCAGGAAUCUUUGUGGAAGACACCAUGGAAUCAGACUCAGGGCUUUUCAGUAAGGACCAAACCCUAGCUGCCUGAGGGCAUGCUAGAAACAGGCAAUAUUUAUGUGUGUACUCUUGACUCAGCUUGAUCAGCUCCACCCCUCUCUUUGUGUACAUAGAUGAUGACAAGUCUGAGCAACAGCCUGGAUGCCAGUUUGCCUCUGCUGGGGCAAGAAUCAUCGCUGCCCUGCCUUCACUUCUGCUGGCAUCCAUGCGGCAAACUGCCUUCAUCCCAAAAGCCAUUUUAUCAUCUUAUUUUCUCAUGUCUAUUGUGUGUGUGUGUGUGUAUACACACGUGUAUGUAUGUAUGCCUGCGUGUGUGUGUGUGUGUGGGGGGGUAUGUGUUCUCAUGUAUCAUUUCUCUGUUAUUGCCAAAAUGUCUCAAUAGGUGGUCGGCUUGCAAAGUGCAGCUGACGUGCGGGGAGAUUUUCUGUCUCCCGUUGAAGCAAUAUGAACUCAUUUCCACCUACAGCGGUGAGAGGUCCCGACUUCUGAAUAUGAAUAUGGGCCGGCCUUCUCAUUUACAGUGUAAAAGCGAAUGUGUUAGUGCGUGUGCACAUGUGCGCUUGUGUGCUUUAAUUCGUCUUCCUUCUUUGAGUGAAUGUCCGCAGUACGGUGCUGUCACAAAAGAUCUGUGUGAUGACUACAUCACUAUCUCUCUCUUUCUGUCUUGACAUUCAUUUUGACACUUUUACUUUUAACAUGGCCAAGGUGUUGUCGACCCUGUGUUCAUGUCAACUCUUGUCAUACAAAGAAAAAAAAGCCAUAUAAACAGUAAGAGGCACAAUAAAUUACUUUUGUGAGAUUA